AUGAACGAUCGGGGAGAAAGGGGCGGGAGGAAAUCUCGUCGAUCCAAUGGGAGGAUGAGAAAUUCCAACGCAGGCAAGUCACCUAACCGUAGGGAUGACUCCAACGUCUAUAUCCCCCUGAAUAACCGCACCCGCAAUUUGAGUGACCACGAAGAUGUUAGCAUAACCCCUCUGCAGAAGGAUGGGUCGUUAGGCAAGUUCCCCAAAAGGUGCGUUACAGAUCGCAAUGAAAACGCAGAAGUAGAGCAGAGGCAGAAUGGACGGUUCCUUCAGGUGGACGAGUCGGUUCGAUACCUUCCCGAUAAUGCAUUUAACUUUGACUGCACGCCUACCACUUCUAUGACCGUCUCGACAGCAACACCAAUGUAUGGAUACUCUCCUGAUCAUUUGCAUGUCCUGGAGAGUGAUGUUUCUCCUAUGUUCGAUGAUCUCCUGAUCGAUGACAUGGGCGCUUCUGAGGGGAGUUACUUCCGGCUGGGCUCGGCCACGGCGGGUAGGUCCUCCCCAAACGCGGACACCACGAAAGACGGGAAAAACGCACACAAUGCACACAACAAUAUCGACAGAACAGAAAGUAACACCCCAUCGAGGAAGAAACCGAAAGGACAAAGUACCCUCUUCAGCAGCUUCUGCAGAACGGUGAGUCUACUCUGCAACGAAGUCCUUUCCAAGUCGUUCCAAACGAUGAUAUCCUACGUCAUUACGACCUCCUUUUUUAUUUGUUUAAAUUUAUACGUGUCUAAUUCUUGUACAUAUGAAGAGAUAGGAGGGUUCGGGGUAGCUGUGUCGGUUAUUACAUUACUCAAUGCAGUAGUCGACGGGGUGGGAAACAGCUUGGAUUAUUUUUGUGGCUGUUCCAUCGGGAUGGCAAAGACAGAAUUAUCCCUCCUCUACUUAAAUAUAGCAUAUUACACCUUUUAUUUGUUCUUCGCGAAAGUGUUAGUUGUUUUUUUCCUAGUGAAGAUUCUGUUUCUCCUUUUUUUAAAUUACCUUUACGCGGAUGUCGGUAGUAGUGGCGGUGGUGCAGGUAAAUAUACUGAGCACGUCCAGAUGAUUCAUGUGUUUUGCUCGAGUUUGCAAAUCUUGCUCGUUUCGUUUUUCCCUCAAUUUGUGUAUGAGUGUACUAGACGCUAUUUAAUCCUCCACAAUUACAUUUACCCCAGCUUGUUCUCUUCCUUUGUCUCCUUCAUUUUGUUGAAUUUUUUUAGCUACGUUUUCGUUUUUGCCUUAGACAUGAAGUAUGUAGGGGCGUGUUUGUCGUUGCUGCUUACGAAUGUUUUUAAUUUUUGUUGCGUCUUGUACUUUUUGAGGAUCCACUUGGCCAGGUGUGUGUCUUCACCGGGGGGCACGCACCAGUUGGCGGUCUGCACGGAGGAUGUUUUACUCUGUGGGGAUCACUACGUCGAGGUGGGGGAGGUGGACCAAGAGGAUAGUGAAGAGGAUAGCGAGGAGGAAAUCGAUUUGCUGAGCGGAGACGAAUUUGAAGACGAUACACACCAUGGGACAAACAGCGUAACUUGUGAAGAACCGCACGACUUCCUUAACGACGCCGACAGAAGAAUCCAUAAUUUGACCUUCCUCUUUUUCCACAAACCACCAGACGACGAACGGAAGAGGGGAUUCAUAAAAACGACCCGCACAAACAUAAAAAAUAUAUUCUUCGAAAUAUUGUCCUUCGAGUUCCAGCUAUUUGAGGCCACCUACCUCAGCCUCUCAUCCGUGGCUACCUUUGUCCAAAUAAAUAACAUACUCAAUUUCGUGUACUACGUAGCUAAUUCGUAUGGCAUCGUCCUUAGCAAGCUGAUCGCUAUUUAUGUCUCCUCGCGGGGGGGAAAAAGAAGGAACACGCAGAACAGACGGAACAGACACGGCAAGGAAGACGAACAGAGAAAAGGAACAGCCCCUCCAAUGGUUGAGCACCAUCCAGAAAAGCAUAUCCUGGGUGAAUUAACCCCCCGGAGAAACAGAAGCAGAAUUAUAAUAACCGUACUAGACAUAGUGCUUGCCUUUCUCCUCAUGUGGACUUUCCUGUCCCUCUGCUUGUUUGGAGUUUAUUUCUAUCGAGAUAAGAUUAUACCCUUUGUUUUCACCGACGUAAACAUACAAAAGGAAUUAAAAGGGAUAAUUUUUGUUUUUGUUCUGGAGCUUUUUUUGGAAAUCCUCGCGUCUCUACUCAAUAGUAUUAUAAAGGGUCUAAGCCUUCAGGAGGAAAUAACUUCCUUCACCUUUUUGAACUUCCUGUUCUUCAUGCACCCCCUGGGGCUUUUGUUGACUUUUAUCCUGCAGUUUGAUAUUUAUGGCUUUGUGUAUUCUAACCUGGUCAGCAUGGCUGUGCAGGUCGCUUACUUGGUUGUCUUCCUCGCUCUUCGCGUGGGGGGAAGGCGAGUUCCUUUCGGGGGAAGCUAG